ACGGUCAAAAAUUGUACUAUUUUAUGUGUCGAUAAAAAAGAAAACUUUGAUAUCGAUGCUUACUAAAAUUUAUGCAUUUCUCAGUAAACCUAACCUCUUUAAUAAAAGUAUUGAAAAAUCUUACUUAAAAAAUGGAUAUAUUAUUACUGAUACUUUGUGUAAUUGUUAUCACAACAUUAAUAAUCGCGUUAACUAUAUUUCUUCGUCGAAAUCAAGGAGCAAAUAAAGAAAGACCUAAUGUUCAGGAUCAAGUUGGAGAACGUCGUCAAGUGAGACGAGUAGUUGGUAACAGAAAUGUACGUCAUCGUGUACAUGCAGCAGUAAAUAAUCAAAUUAAUGCGAAUGAGAAUAGACAAAUAGAAAAUAAUGAAGUAGAAGUAGAUACACCGACAGUUGUAUCUGAUGGUAAAUUGGGUACUAAGAAGCGUGCAAAGUUAGCAGCCAAAGCUGAAAAGAAAGCGCAAAAGGAAAUAAUUAAACACGAACAAGAAAAGCGUAAAGAAGAGGAAGAGAAACGACAAAAGGAAAGAGAUAAGCAACGCGAAGAAGAACAAGAUGAGGAAAAACGUCAAGAGGAAGAAGCUAGGAAACUUAGAGAAUUAAAGGAAAAACAGGAACAAGAAGAAUAUUUAAAAAUGAAAGAAAUGUUUAGCGUAGAGGAGGAAGGUUUCCAAGAGGAUCAGAAUAUUUUGUUGGACGAUAUUAAAGAAUAUGUUAAAUUAAAAAAAGUAGUCUAUAUGGAAGACGUAGCUGCACAUUUUUCCUUAAAAACAGCAUUCGUAAUAGAUAAGAUCUUAGAAUGGCAAAAGUCAGGUGAGCUAACUGGAGUUAUAGACGAUCAAGGAAAAUUCAUUUACAUUACGGAAAGCGAACUUGAUGCUGUUGUUAAAUUUAUUAAACAACGUGGUAGAGUUAGUAUUUCGGAACUAUCUGAACAUUCGAAUACAUUAAUUAAUAUAGGUCCGAGUUAAACUAUAUAUGUAAUAACUUUUAUAGAAAUUAGAGAGAGAUAUCAUUU